AUGACAGACCCUUUGAGUAUCACAGCCUCUAUAGUGGCGAUCGCAGUGGCAGGAAUCAAGGUCUCAGUUGCGCUGUUCGGGCUUGCGGAGCAGGUGGUUACGGCGAGGGAGCGAGUCGAGAAUAUCGCGAAUGAUAUCAGUAGUACUUGUGCGAUCUUAAAUCAAUUGCACGAUCUCAUUGGGCCGGAUCCGGGUCACGACGGGGCUCGCAACUCACUUUUCACUCAAACUGCUCUCUCCGACAUAUUAGGAGCAAUACAGCACUGCGAUCGCAUGUUCCACAAAGUCCAAGUCUAUCUGAAAAAAGCUAGUCGCCAAAUCAAGCAGUCCGCCGUUGCGGACCCCCAGGCCAAGAAGGUGGAACUGUCGCGGUCCGAAAGGGCGAAAUGGCCUUUUCUCCAGCCCCAGUUUGACGAACUCCGAAACGAUCUGCGAGACUCGAAAGGAAAUCUUCUGCUUAUGAUUGCGGUAGCUAACCUGACGCUUGCUGAACGGAGCGUACCAUGUAGAGUCGUCGACGAAACGGAGAAAUAA